UGUUAUUUACAAUAAGAAGCUGUGAGGCAGUGAUCCACACUAUGCUCUAAAUGUGAGCCGCAUACAAUGAUCCAUGAAUGGGAGUUAAAGUUAUAAAGGAUGGAUGGUUCUGAUUCCAUAUAUACGACGUCGUAUCUAUUUCAGCAUGCACCGACAAUUUUGGGUCAAAUAACUCUUCUCCAUACCAAAAUCAUCGCUGCCAAACCCCCACUAUUUUCCAUUAUUUAUUUAUUUAUUCAUUUUGUUUUUACAGUUUCUCUUCCUCUUCCACUUCCACUUCCACCCCCUUUCUCUCUAAACCCCAAAAACAAUGGCAUCCUCCACAUACAUGAUUCAAACUAUGUUGGUGUGCUUGGUCAUCUGCUUAAAUGAUGCAGUUGCAGAUGUGGAACCUAACUCUGAAGGAGGAAAAAGGUGCGACAAGAGAUGGAUACACAUAAGGAAGAUACCACCAAGAUUCAACUUAGAUCUACUGGCAAAAUGCUCCGAAUACCCGCUGUUUGACGACUUCUGCCCGUACCUUGCGAACCACGGCCUGGGUCAGAAGACGCACAACCACUCAAACAGUUGGUACCGCACCGACCCAUCCACCUUGGAACUCAUAUUCCACCGUCGCAUGCUGGAAUACCCAUGCCUCACCCAUGACCCCUCCCUUGCUGAUGCCAUCUUCCUCCCAUAUUACGCCUCCUUAGACGCCCUCCGCUACCUUUACGGUCCAGACUAUAACUCAAGCUCUGAUCAUGGCCUCGAACUCUUCGAAUUCCUCCAGGAUGACUCCCCUGAGAUCUGGACCCGCAGAAUGGGCCACGAUCACUUCCUUGUUAUGGCUCGCCCCGCUUGGGACUUCACGCAGCCCUUACAUAAUGACCCGCCUCUUUGGGGAACCUCCUUUCUUGAGCUUCCCGAGUUCUACAACGUCACCGCUCUCACGCUUGAGUCUCGCGCGUGGCCCUGGCAGGAACACGCUGUUCCUUACCCAACGUCAUUUCAUCCCCCGAAUCUGGGUUUGUUAGAGUCCUGGGUGCAGCGCGUGCGCCGCUCCAAGCGUUCCAACCUGGCCAUGUUUGCGGGCGGUGGUGGAUCCUCCACUGGUGGGCCCAAUGUCCGUCGGAGUAUCAGGAUGGAGUGCGAGUACGCCACGGCUAAUUCCACCGGUGUUGACGGGUACGAGAGUCUGUGCGAAUUCGUGGAUUGCUCGAACGGUGUUUGUGAGCAUGACCCUUUGAGGUUCAUGAGGCCAAUGUUGAAAUCGAGCUUCUGCUUGCAGCCGCCGGGGGACACGCCGACGCGGAGGUCGACGUUCGAUGGGAUCGUGGCGGGUUGCAUACCAGUGUUCUUUGAAGAUCUAUCGGCAAAGGCGCAAUACGGGUGGCACUUAUCGGAGAACGAAUUUGAGAGUUUCUCAGUAUUUAUUCCAAAGGAGGAUGUGGUGUUCAAGGGUUUGAAGAUCUUGGAUGUUUUGAAGCGGAUACCCAGGGCUAGGGUUCGGCGAAUGAGGGAGAAGGUUCUUGAAUUGAUUCCCAGAGUUGUUUAUCGCAAGCAUAACAGUUCUCCAGGUUUAAGGAUGAAGAAGGAUGCUUUUGAUAUUACUGUUGAUGGUACUUUGGAGAAGAUUCAAUCUCGUCUUCAAGAACUUAGCUUGAUUCAUUCACAUCCUCUCAUUCUGUAACUAUGAUUUUGUCUUUUUCUAGUUAGUUAAGUAAUUGGUUAUAAUUUACUUAUUAAUAGAUUUUGUUGAGUAUUGAUUAAAGAGUAACUAGUUUUUUGAGCCAACAUUUCUGCAAAAUAGUGAGACUUGUAAUUCAUUUCGUUUAUUU